CCAACAAAAACAAAACUUGGUCGUGAAAUAAUUAAACUCAUACUAUAGCUAUAUAUAUGAUGGCUCACAUCAGGCUCUCUCCUUUAGCUCUCUUCUUCCUUUCCAUUUCCUUGGCGACGGUGGCGAUGACGAAGAGGGCACGUGGCGCAGACUGCAGCGGAGUUUGUUCACCGUUCGAGUCACCGCCGUGCGGGAGCACCGAUUGCCGGUGCAUCCCAUGGGGGCUGUUUGUAGGGCAGUGUGUAUACCCAUCUGGAGUUGAUGAGAGGCAGAGGAGGAUGGCGGAGGAGCACCCGAACCUGUGCCAGUCAGAUGAGGAGUGCAUGAAGAAAGGGAGCGGCGACUUGUGUGCCCGUUACCCUAACCCCGACAUCGAAUAUGGAUGGUGCAUUAACUCUGUUGCUUCGGCGGCCUCUAAUGUCCCCCUAAAUGCCGCACCCUUCUUGAAGAUGCCAGCUGCGUCUGUGUAAUAAUAAACGUUCAUAUGGCCGGACCUUCAUUACUCAUGUGGGAUAUGGCCCAGCAUGCAUGCAUGCAGUGUACUCUAAAUAAAUUAAUCGAAUAAAUGCUUUAAUUUGUGUGUGUGUGUGUAUGAAAAUCUCUAAGAUUUUCUCAAAUUAAAGGACCUAGUGUCCU